AUGGCGCAAUCACUGGAGCUUUUGUUAAUUCAGUUCUUGAUGCCGGACAACGACGCUCGCCGGCAAGCGGAGGACCAAAUUAAACGGUUGGCGAAGGACCCGCAGGUGGUUCCAGCUUUAAUUCACCAUCUCCGCACUGCUAAAACUCCGAACGUCCGGCAACUCGCGGCGGUGCUCCUCCGCAAGAAGAUCACCGGCCACUGGGCAAAGCUCUCCCUCCAGCUCCGCCAGCUCGUCAAGCAGUCUCUCAUUGAAAGCAUCACCAUGGAACACAGUUCACCAGUUAGGCGGGCAAGCGCAAAUGUGGUGAGUGUCAUUGCCAAGUAUGCUGUUCCAGGUGGAGAGUGGCCUGAUCUGUUGCCAUUUUUAUUCCAGUGCAGUCAGAGUGCACAAGAAGACCAUAGAGAAGUGGCGUUGAUACUUUUCAGCUCCUUGACUGAGACAAUUGGGAAUUCAUUUCAGCCUCAUUUUGUUGAUUUACAUGCUCUUCUACUCAAGUGCCUACAAGAUGAGACUAGUAACCGUGUCAGAGUUGCUGCUCUCAAGGCAGUGGGAUCUUUUCUAGAGUUUACUCACGAUGAAGCUGAAGUGGUCAAGUUUCGAGAGUUUAUUCCCAGCAUAUUGAAUGUAUCAAGACAAUGCCUUGCCUCUGGGGAGGAGGAUGUUGCUGUUAUUGCUUUUGAAAUAUUUGAUGAGUUGAUUGAAUCUCCUGCACCUCUUCUUGGGGAGUCAGUUAGAGCCAUAGUGCAGUUCUCCCUUGAAGUUUGCUCAAGUACGAAUUUUGAGCCCAGCACACGCCAUCAGGCUAUUCAAAUAAUAUCAUGGCUUUCCAAGUACAAACCGAAUUCUCUCAAAAAGUACAAGCUGGUGAUUCCGAUCCUCCAAGUUAUGUGCCCACUGCUUGCAGAAUCAACUGACAGGGAUGAAGAUGAUGAUCUUGCGCCAGACCGAGCUGCUGCAGAAGUUAUUGAUACUAUGGCUUUAACCCUGUCGAAACAAGUGUUUCCACCUGUCUUUGAAUUUUCUUCUUUAAGUAGUCAGAGCGUUAAUCCAAAGUUUCGGGAAGCUUCAGUUACCGCUUUGGGCGUCAUUUCAGAGGGUUGUUUGGAGUUGAUGAAAGAUAAGAUGCAACCUGUUCUUCAUAUUGUAUUGGGGGCUCUGAGGGAUCCAGAACAAAUGAUACGUGGGGCUGCAUCAUUUGCACUGGGUCAGUUUGCUGAGCAUCUGCAGCCUGAGAUUGUAUCUCACUAUGAAAGUGUUCUCCCUUGCAUUUUAAAUGCCCUUGAGGAUGCAUCUGAUGAAGUUAAGGUACAUAUUGAAAAAGAGGAGAUUCUUAGAAUGAGUUUUAAUUAG